AUUAUUCACAGCCAAGCCUGCAAGGCGCUUGCAUUGGAGAUGACGGCGCAUUUGCGUGCCUUUCGCCUGCCCCCCAUGCCCCCCCACACAGGCAUCACCGCCAUAUGCUUGGAAUGCCCCUCGUUUUUCUAAGCCGUAUGUACUUGGCGGAAGAGUAAUAAGCCGGAUAUAUAAGGGCGAGCGGUGCCGUGGGACCUUCCUCUCGACUUCACAAACACAAACUUCAAAGUGAUCUCGCGAAACAGCUGAACCUCCUACUCGCUCAACUUCAAACGGCAAAGCGAAAGCCUAAUAAACACUUCAAUCGACCUCCUAUCGAUACGCACGGAAGGCAAGCCUCCUUCCUUGCGCACAUCCUACAUACGAUCGACGUCAAAACCAACACUUUAAGCCCAAGUAACCCCACCAUCUACAAACUAUGGGCUCCCAACCCUCUCGUCCCGCAUACAGCCAACAAGGCUACGGCGGCUACGGCGGCGGUUACCAGCAGCAAGGCUACGUCAACCAACAACCACAAGGCUACUAUGCCCAACCAGGCUACCAACAACAGCCUGUGUACUACCAGCAGCAGCGGAGAGGGAACGACGGGUGUCUGACAGCGUGUUUGGCGGCCCUGUGUUGUUGCUGUGCGGUGGAUGAGUGUAUGGAUUGUUUCUGUAUGUGCUGUUAGUGAGGGGGAGAUCCGAAGGUUGCAUAUCUCGACGCAGUGGGGAAACUUAGUCCGCGAACUGCAUCCCCUCUUCUUCCCAUAUCAUAUUAAAUACCCUACAAGUUGGGCAUUUUGUACAUAUAAUACCGCCUCACGUCCCAUUUGCAGAUCGCUUCACGUCUCAAUAUCAUAUUUUCUUGGUCCAUUCUGCGUUUAACCGUUAAAGUGUCUGCUAAGUUGGGAAGUUUGUAAAGAAGUUUCGUGCUUCGUGAGCAAUCCAUUUUGCCUAAAGUGCUGACCGAACC